AUGUCCGUCAAUGUCGUUGUGAUUGGCGCAGGAAUCGCCGGACUGACGGCCGCUGUCUCGUUGUCGCAGGCGGGCUACAAAGUAACCGUCUUGGAAAAGUCGCAGUGUGCCGGGGAGACAGGGGCAGCUCUGGCACUGUCGCCCAAUGGUGCCAAGGCUUUGGCCUCCCUCAACUUCUCCUUCCAGCGAGCUAGAGCGGUCCCUCUGGAAACAUGGGAGAGUUUGGACGGGAGAACCUUGAACACUCUCACCAAGGUUGAUCUGAAGACGGCUGAGCAGAAGUAUGGCCAUCGAAUGUGGUCGGUGCACCGGGUGGAUUUGCACAUGGAGCUGCUUAGGCUGGCGACAGAGCAGACUGGAGGCUCUGUAACUCUGCGCCUGGGUGCUCCAGUCCGGGCUAUCGAUCCACAGAACGGCAUUGUGUACCUAGAUGAGAGGGAGUGCAUUCAAGCGAGUCUGAUCGUGGCAGCCGAUGGCCUGCACUCUGUCGCCCGCUCUGUGGUGCUGGGCACGAACUUUCCUCCAACAAAGACCAAUUUCAGUGCCUUCCGUUUUCUCGUCCCUACGGCUCAUUUGGCACGAGAUCCUUCGCUCUUGGGCUUGCAAGCGCGGAAAUCGCCUGGUUCAACGAUCUUUGCGGAUACACUGAGCACAGAAGAAAGGCAUCUUGUUUGGUAUGAGUGCAGAGAUGGCGAAAUGCAGAAUAUAGUGGGCAUACAUCCGACACGAGACGAUUGCGACGACAACAAGACCAAGAUGCUCAACGAAUACGCGGAUUUCCAUCCAGACGUUCAGGCUCUGCUUCGUCUUGCAGGAGAAGUCACUUACUGGCCACUAUACUCCUCGGAGCCAAUCACGACGUGGGUCAAUGGCCAAGUGGUGUUGAUUGGCGAUGCUGCUCAUCCGAUGUUGCCGUUUGGUGGUCAAGCCGCCAACCAGGCUAUCGAAGACGCUGUCGCACUCGGUCGGUUGAUGUCGGGGCGUGAGUCCUUGCUCUCGGUCCAGAAACGCCUAGUUGAGUUCCAGAGUCUGAGAUACACAAGAGCGUCGAUGAUUCAGAUACUCUCUUCUACAAGAAUCGGCCGCGAGAGAGACGUCGACUCACUGCUACGCACGUUUGCUGGUGAUUCCAAGGGUAUGCCUAUUCGUCUACAGGUUGCGUCGUACUGGCAUUGA